AUGGGCUUUUUCACUGACUUCUUUACCUAUGAAACAACCAAGUCCGUGGUGGUUAAAAGCUGGACAAUAGGAGUCAUCAACAGGGCAGUACAGCUUCUCAUUAUAACCUAUUUUGUGUGCUGGGUUUUUCUUCAUGAAAAAGCUUAUCAGAUUCGGGACUCUUCAAUUGAAUCAUCGGUUAUGACAAAAGUGAAGGGUGUUGGACGCUACAGUAACCGUGUUAUGGAUGUCGCAGACUAUGUAAUCCCCCAACAGGGAUCCUCUGUGUUUGUAAUCCUGACAAAACUUAUAACAACUCCAGAACAAGUGCAAGAUCAUUGUCCAGAGACUGAUGACAAGUACAAAUGCAGCAAUGAUAGCAACUGUACAAGAAACAAGCCCACAUCUAAUGGCUUUCUCACUGGUCGUUGUGUCCUUUCGUAUUGCCAAAUUCAAGGUUGGUGCCCCACAGAGAAUGACACAGUCCGUAUGCCUAUCUUGAUGGAAGCUGAAAACUUCACUAUUUUUGUCAAAAACAGUGUGAGAUUUCCAAUUUUUGACUUUGAGAGAGGAAACCUGCCUGAAAGUCUAAACUGCCGUUAUCAUCCAGCCAAAUCCCCUUUUUGCCCAAUCUUCAGACUUGGGGACAUCAUCAGACUUGCUGGCCAGAACUUCACCAAUCUUGCCGAAAAGGGAGGAGUACUGAGUAUUAAGAUUGGUUGGCUCUGUGAUCUUGACCAAUCUUGGGAUCUUUGCAUUCCUCGUUACAGCUUUACCAGACUCGACAGUGUUUCAGAAAAGAACAAUGUUUCUCCAGGAUAUAACUUCAGGUUUGCACGAUACUACAUUCGUUCCGAUGGCUCAGAGUUCCGGACCUUGAUCAAGGCCUUUGGCAUAAGAAUUGAUGUCCUUGUUUAUGGCAAUGCUGGGAAAUUCAAUAUUAUUCCAACCCUUAUUAAUAUUGUGGCAGCCUUUACGUCAGUUGGUGUGGGCACUGUUCUCUGUGAUAUCAUUUUGCUAAACUUCCUUAAAGGAGCAGACCAGUACAAAGCAAGGAAGUUUGAGGAGAUUUCAGAUACCACCCCUGCAUUUGGCAGGCAUAUGUUCAAAAGUGACCAGACUCUAACUGGCCGUGGAGAUGAGAAAAGAUCUACAGACUCUGGGGCUUUCUCAAUAGCCUUGAGAAGAGUUACUAUAUCCUCAAGAUUGCAUCAGUUGUAUUAUUCAGUGCUGGAUGGAACUCAUUUACAGCUUCAAGCAUGUCCAAAAGAGAAGGACGCUGACAUGGGAGUGUCUUACAUCUUAGAUCUUACAGAAAGGAUGUUUUUGGCUCACCGUAGGAUGGCAGAAGGACACACUCUUAAUUUAAACAAGGUGAACUUUACUUGA